GGUUCCAGUCGAUAGAUGAACCCAGUGCGCGACCGUCGAUUAGUAGAAUCAGCAGCGUGAUCGGCGUCGACAAAACCAUGUAGAUAGAGUGUUUUACAGCCGAUGACGUUGUAGACUAAUCCGACGUCAGGUGUCGAGAUAAAAUACUGAAGCGCACGAAGUAGAUCAAGCUGAUGCUCCUCCUCAGGACGGCGUAGGAACUGAGCGAGCUGACUGGCCGCGUAGGCUAGAUCAGGACGACAAGUGACAGCGGCGAAGAGUAGACAGCCUAGCUGCUGUUGAUAGAUCUGUAAACCAUUUGAAGUUAACAGUGCGGUGUUCGGUUUGUGGUCAGUCGGUAGUGAGCGGUACGGUGUAGAGACUGUAGUAGGUGUGAGGUUGAAGCGGGCAGCGAGAGUUGCUGUGUACUUCGAAGUGGUGAGAUGAAUAGUUGUCGGUGAACAGGUAAUGUUCAGUCCAAGAAACUGUGAGACUGUUUCGGAGACAGUAAGUUGUAGAUUUUUCUGUAAUUUCAGUAUGAAGGUCUCGGCAAGAGAAUCGGUAGUACUGACGUAUAAGAUGUCGUCGACGUAGGCAACGAGUAGAAUGUAGUUGUUGCCGUCGGUCAGUAGAUACAUUCCUUGAUCAUGCGGUAGUUGACGAAAACCGGCAGUGACCAGCUGCGAGUGAAGAUACUGCUGCCAGAGCCAUGGUGCCUGUUUAAUGCCGUACAGGGACUUCCGUAGACGGCAAACACUCGGUGGGUUAGUAGUAUAAGAAUGUGGGUACUCUACCAGGAAUAAUGCGUCGACAGGCGCGUAGAGAAACGCAUUCGAGACAUCGAUUUGACGAAGACGUAGAUUACGGCAGGCGGCGACACAAAGUAGAAUCCGAACGCUUGUAUGUCGGCCGACAGGAGCAAAGGUGUAACACGAACGGCUUCGUCGGAUACGACGGGCAUCGGCUGCUGUUGGCGAUCACGUUCAUAGCUGAGACGAACUUCACGAACAUCAUCCGGGACAGCAUCUGCAAUGAAUUCAGGUGUGGAGAAGAGAAAUCGGGCAGGGACGUUGAAGAAAGAAGAUUGUGUAACAGCACGGCGUGGUCCAUAGCAUACGGCCAAAAUUGCGGUGGAAGGGCUGCCUGCGUCAGCAGAGCACGCAUCUUCUCCUGCAGAGUCCUGUUCAUCCUUUCGGCUACCCCCAUCUGUUGGUGUGCAUGUGGCAGCGACUGCUUCCGUUUGAUGCCGAGUGUCUGAAGGUAGUCUGUGAAGGUGUUGCUGGUGUACUCCCCUGCACCAUCGCUCUGAAAUUCUUGCAGUUUUACGCCUGACUCUCGUUCAGCGACAGCGAGCCACGCGAUGAAGACGGAGUGAGCGAGAUGGCGCACAGGUAAGUUAGCUGUCCAGACAUAGCGUGUAGAUGCUUCGAUGAAGGUUAUCACAUACUUCUCGUCUUUAGGUCCUGCUUCAGACAAGUUGAGUAUGUCGCUGUAGAUUUUCUGCAUCAGUUUAUAACGGGUUGAGCCGGGAAAAUGACUUGGAAACGGAUCGUGCGUAAGGUUGGCAACUGGACAGGUGGUGCAAACCGUCGGACAAGACUGCGGCUUCAUCUCCGUGCCAUCAGGUAGAAAUCGGAGUUAGUAUAAAAAGAAGAAAGAAGAAAAGGAGAAAGUGCUGGUGACUUGUCAAGUUCUCCUUCGACGAAACGGUGAAGAGGUAUUGCGACGACAGCUUCUGUUGGACUCGGCUGCGCAGUUACGGCUUCCUGUUCUGCUGCUUCAACGACGUCGGGUUCAUCAGCUGCAAGACCACUUAUUUCUCCCCAAAGUGGUGCUGGAGUUCCUUGGAAGGCUGCUCGGGUAUUAUAAAAGGUGCGCCACGCGUUGGCACUUUCAUCGGCGGUGUUGAAUUCCCAGAUAUCCAACGCGGGACCAAGUGCAAGGACGCGUUCAGAAUCACCAGAAGUUCCUUGUGCUGCGAACUGAAGUACCGAUACGCCAUGUUGAGUGGCGGCACGACCAAGGAGUUGAGCUGUGGAAAGAAGGUUGAAACCAAGACCAGCGACGAUAAGAACGUUCGUAACAUAAAGUAUGGGACGACGAAGCGGACACUGAUUCGUGAUGAAGCUUGCUUCGGCAGAACACAUAUGCCAUCCGCAGCAGCUAUGCGAAGACCGGCGGGUGCUGCUGCGACGUUGAAGAACUCUGCGGUGGUUUCGGCAUCUGCUGCUGCUGAGACGUUAACUGCUGCUGUGGCGGUUGUGUCUUCAGUGACUGCUGCGAUCGGUGAUACGGCUGCGAAGUGCUGCGACGAUUUUGAUGACGGCUGCGACAGUUUUGGUCAAGAUCUUGCUGCUCGGCUUGAAGAUAAGAAGAAAUUUCAGCUUCGGAGAGGUUGGGAUUCAUGCGCAGGAAGGCGCACGUCUGUCGCCAUUCGGGUCCAAGACCAGCCAGAAGGACCGUGAGAUACAUCUCACGAGGGAAGUAUCCCCCACUUUUCUCCAGUUGAUCACGUAGUGUACGGACACGGUUAACGUAAUCCAUGACGUUUUCGUUUGUCAUCAUGUGCACACUUGUCAGCUGCGAAAGUAUUUUACUCACUGUUAUCGUAUCCUUUGCCAUGUAUACCCCUUUCAGAUGAUUCCAUGCAGUUUCGGCUGGUGUGAAACUUGAGUGAAAUGAUCGAACGCCGAGUUGCUCCUUCGGCGACAGGUUUCGGACAAGAACUGUAUACGCCCCGAGAGAGGCGUGCAAGAAACUCUGCUGCUCCAGUUGUGUUCCCACUACAGGAUAUGUAAAUUCGCCAGUGAAGAACGGCCAUAGCCCAGCGGACUGCGCCAUAAGCUCAAACUCAAAACUCCAGGAGUAAAAAUCCACUCCAUUAAAAGGUGCAGUCGAUGGAGCACCUGGAGUAUUCACAGAAGGCGGAUUCUGCAUACCGAUAUUAGCAUAGGCUGGUGGAAAGUGCCCAGAGGCUGAGAGACCAGCAGCGGUAGUGGAGGCAUGUGCUCGAGUAGUCCCAGUAACUGAUCCAGCAGAUGGUGCUGGUGUUGGACCAGUCAUAGUUGAUGGUAGUCUUAAUUCCAGAUAGUUCUCAUACCAUGAAGUAAAUCGUCUGGUGUUGAAAUAGACUAAGUAUAAAAGU